AUGCCCGUCUGCCGCUAAAGUCACGAUGUUCAGACUUCAUCCAAUCGUCGACGCGAUCGGUUGUGCGCGCACUCUCUGUGUAAUCCGAAGCCGAUUUUGUGAUUAGCCUGCGCCUGCGUGAAUUCGUGGACCUUCCUUCAAUCAACCUGAACCUACGUGGAUUUGUGCGUUUUGUUUACUUGUUUACCUGGCCCAUUUGAAAGCAAAUUUCCUGCAUCCUGCAUAAACAGAGGAAGUGCACAGAGGAAAUAGUAUGAGUUAUUAAGUCGCUGCAAACGGAAAUAAUUAACCAAAAAAAUUAAAACUAAAUGUGCCGAUCGCGUUUUAGCAACGGUUUCGAUGCGGUUUCAAACACAAUCGAUUUAAGCAUUGACAUCAUUGAUUUGUGUCCCAAGUGUAAAUAAUUCGCACAAUACAAUACACCAAAUUGUGGCUUCCCUCCCUCCGCCAAACCAAUCCAAUCAAAUGCAAUGAAAUGAAAUGUUGCCAUUGAUUCGCGCACAUUGCCAUUGUUCAGAGUUAUCGGUUGACUUUUAACUGGGAUCCGUGCUACUUUAAGCUGAGCUGUAAACGAAGACCAAGAGGCUUUUGCAUCAUGGACACUGGAAGUGUGGUUAGUGAACCGAUUUCCGCGCAUCAUCGCGCCUUCGCCAAACAGAAGUCCGCCUCCAUGACCAUUCUCAAUCCGAAGGGUUGUGGCAGUGCCGUCAAGUACAGUCUGCACUCGACUGCAGAGACGAACCAGGAGACUGCCAGUACCACGACCACCUCUACCCAUUGUUCCACAACCGGAAGAAGGCGCAAGGGUGGCUCCCUGGGCGGUACUCUCUCCUCGCGAUCGACGCGCAGCGAAUCCAAGGAACUGCGUUCGGCUCUCCAGGAUCGGGAGGCUGUCAUCCAGAAUCUGCGUAUCCAGCUUUGUCUGGGCAAACUGCCACGUCCCACGGGACCACCGCUGGAUGAGUCUGAGAAGCCGGCGGCUGAGCAAAAACUAAACAGACUGAAGACGGAGGCGGAGAAUAAGCGAAUUAAGAUCAAGAAUCUGAAGAGCGCCCUAGAGAAGCUGGACAUCACAGACAACAUAGACAUCCGCAUCCGUCAAGCCGAAUUGGAAUACGCACUUGGCAGGGAAGAACUCCAGAUGCUCUCGAUUGUGGAGGAGGCUCGCGCCUUGCAGGCACGUCUGGAAAAGUCCAAGCCCGAGGCCCAGACCCUCUAUAACAUCAUCAGCUCUGGAGUCUCCCUGAGUCUGCACGCCGUGCAUGCCACCUCUGGAAGAUGGGCAGUUCAACAGAGAACAGACCAGCCUGGUUUCUACGUAGAAUGGGCUUUAGAGGGCGAUGGCUUGUACAAGGGCGAUCGCAUUUUGGAGAUCAACGGGCGACUGGUUACCGGAAAAUCCAAGGAAGAGCUGCAGAAGCAAGUAGGAAACUCUGGCAAGUGUCAGAUGGUGGUACUCCGCAAGAAGUCCGUACCUAUACCACAAAAGCAACUCGACCAGGAGAAGGAGAACAACAUGAGGCUGCAGCAUCGCAUAUCGUACCUUGAAGAGCAGGUGCGGGAACUACAGACAGUCAAGGAGCAUCAUCCAUCGCACCAGCAGCAGCAGCAGCAACAGCAAAAUCCACAGCAGACAUCCUCGAAUCAAUCUCAGCAUGUGACUAGCAUCAGCAUAUCAUCACCUCCAUCAACACCGCCCGAGAAACCGCUGAUCUUCCAGCGCGGCAACUAUAUUACCACUUUGGUGGGUGGCAAACCCAUCGAACUGAUGGGUGACGACAUGGCCUCCACACAAACCCCUCCCGGACAUGUAACCAAAACAUUGAUUAAGGAGAAUACCCACAUCGAUUUGAGAGAUCGACUGUCGCACAUGUACUCCAUGCCCUCCAAGUCGCUGUCCGCCUCGAAGAUCUCGAUUAAUAGCGAUUCCGCCUAUAUGCAGCACCAUCGGCGUGAGAAGGAGCGCCAUCGGGAUCGCCAGCACCGGGAACGCCCCAGAGAUCCUCUCCAGCAACAGCAACAACUGCAUCGCGACCAUCUCAUGAGCACGCACGCACGCAGUGUGGAGCACCUGAAUCAUUACAAUGGACUGGAUCGUCGCCGUGACACGCCCCGACAAAGUGAGUCGAACACACUUCGAGCCCGCCUGCCUAGCGAUAUGAGGAGUGUAAAAUCCCUGGAUUUCGAUAGCGAAAACGAAUCGAAGCCUGCGACUGAGACGCGUACCACUAGACCCACUCCCCCCAAGAAACCCCUCCGACUGUCGCUGCAACGAGCCCAAAGUCUGCAGACCGUGGAGCUGCACCCCUGUGCGGAUAUCGAACGAAAGCGGCCCAUGAAGAGGGUUCAUCACAACAACAACAACAAGGGUGGAGGAUCGCCGACUGGAGAGGGCCAGACCAUGCUCAUCGAGAACUGCAGUCCCAUGCACACGGCCUCCCUCGGCAGACACAAGCUCAUCUAGAAACCCGAACCCAAUGCAACCAAAACUAAUCGUUAAUCGAAGUAGCUUAAUCCUCGACCGAUCCUAACCGGCGGUUAAACCCAAAAACAGGCGGACAUGUGCAAAAUUACAGUAGGCAAUAUAAUUUUAACCAGCUUCCAAGUGGAAAGUUUCUUAUUAUGUAUUAAUAUGUAUUAGUACUUACAUUCUAUAUCUAUAAGUAGGGCUUGGCUAUCAACCUUUAGUAUUGAGAGAAUCAAUAAUUAAGAGUUUUUGUAUGUACGAUGAUUUUAUUAGCACAAUUUACAAAUGUGAAUACACGAAUAUUUUCACCUA